AUGAUGAUGGAUCUCGGCCGCAUGGUGCAGUGGAGGCUCGACAUCCGAUGCAGGUUGGUGGACUCGCGCAGGAGGGCGACGCUGUCUGGCGUUGUGGUGGCGUCGAUGGCAGAGAGGCCUGGCAGGGUCGGUGCAUCAGUUCUGCAGCGUGCGAUGCUAACUGAGAGAGAUGGCGGAAUAGCAAGAAAUUUGCCCGUACUCCAUCAACUAAGCCCAUGCUCUCCCCUCAACACGUCUACGCUUGCUCCUCGUGACUUUCUCCGACGCACUGGCUCCAUGGUUUUCAAUGCCACCGCCGUGAUGGACACACUUGCACUCUCGCAAGUGACACAGGAAAACAUCAGGGCCAUAUGCUUGGAGAUGGGCAGCGAAACGUCUGAGAGCUUAUCCGGCAUUCUCGAUCUCAGUCGGGACAACCACUCAUUGGCAUCUGGAGCUCCUUCGUCUCCGGACACGGUGGCCUUCUCCUACUGCCUACCCUCUACGGUCGCUUCCCAGGGCUUCCUCUCCAUUGGGGCACCCCGGCCAGAACACUCCCGCCACUUCGUUGUCUACACCCCCCUACGAACCCACACUCUACUCCCCAACAUGUAUGUCGUCCGACUCACCAAACUAGACGGCGGCGGGGUGGAUGUCAAGAUCCCGUACGCGUUGCACGCCGGCAACGCUCUGUUCAUGCUCGGCACCACGUUCACCUACCUGAUGCCGGAUACCUAUGUGAUUCUCCGUGAGCAGUUCAAGUCGCAGAUGACGGAGUACCGCGUGGCACCAUCGAUGGGCGACCUCGACACCUGCUACAACUUCACUGGUCUGACGAGAAUGAGUAUGCCACCCAUCACACUUUGGUUCGAAGGAUGGGCAUAUAUUGUCCCCGGCAUGGAACAAAUGAUGUAUUUUGGGCGUCGGGGAGAUAUCUUCUCCGUGGGGUGCCUCGCAUUUGCUGCGGCAUCGGACUUACCACCAGGGAUAACUGCAGUCAUUGGCACCCUGCUCCAGGAGAGGACAGAGGUGGUGUAUGACGUUCAUGGAGGGAAGAUGGGAUUUUCCCACAAACAAUGUUGGUGA